AUGAAGAUUGUCAUCAUCGGCGCCGGCAUCGCCGGGUGCACAGUGUACCUUGAACUGAAGAAACAUCUCCCGAAACCCUCUGGCCCAGAGGCAGACCAUGAGAUCACCAUCUAUGAAACAUACAGCACCGACUUGGAUGUCACACCAGAGCAACGCCAAAAGAACGAAAGCACUCAUUCAUCAACUCUCGUCGUUGGCGGUGGUCUCGGCAUUGCUGUAAAUGGUCUGAAUGUUAUCCGCCGCCUUGAUGAAGAUCUACUCAAGGAUAUUGUCCGAGGCGGAUACGUUAUAGCCGCCUCUUAUUUGAAAAACAAAAACGGAUCGAUCCUUGUACCUAUGAAGAAUACUGGGCCGAAUGCCUCGAAAGACACGGACCCUGCUGAGAAGAUGAAAACGGUCGUGACUAGCCGCCACUCUCUGUGGAAAGCUUUGCGUUCUCGAGUUCCGGAUGAAAACAUUGUCAAUAAGCGGAUUUCGGAGGUAAUUGCCCGUCCGGAUGGGAAGAAUCUCGUCCGUUUCGAGGAUGCAAGUUCCGAGGUGGAGGCAGACUUGGUGAUUGGUGCGGACGGAGUGCGAGGCACGGCCAAACGGGCGCUUUUCCCCGAUUCGAAAGAGGACCCUUACCCACCUCACUACGAAGGUCUUGUGGGCGUUGGUGGCUUCAUCCCAUCGGCCGAUGUCAAAGGUCUCGUCGAAAAGGGAUCUAUCAGUUUCGUUCACGGAGGAAAUGGAUUCUUUGGCUAUUUCUUCUCGGAGAGCGCACCUUCUGCUGAGCACCGUGACUCUCCAUACCACGUAUCCGAGCCCGGUGACUCGCUCGCUUGGUGGUCCACAUACCAGAUCACAGAACGUCCUGACCCAAAGACUCUCGACAUGGCGGACGUUACCCGUCAACUGCGAGAGAGGCAUGCAAACUGGAAAGAUCCAGUCAUCCAAAAGAUCCUCCAGUCCCUUCAUGUUGAUAGCAUGUACCCUACCUGGACAUCACCGCCUCUCCCGACGUGGGAGCGAGAUGGCGUCGUUCUAGUCGGAGAUGCAGCCCACGCACUUCCCCCGACAUCGGGGCAGGGAUCGUCGCAAGCUUUGGAAGAUGCUGAAGCGUUUGCGCUUCUGUUGGCUCAUCAUCUCCGCAAGAGUGCUGCGCCAGAAGGUAUGACACUGUUGGAUCACAAGAAGGCUAUCACGGCUGCGGCGAAACAGUACACCGCUCUACGACAACCACGAGUAACGGCAAUACUCAAACAUGCCCAACAAAUGCAGGAGAAAAAGCGUGACAUGGGAGUUGUGCAGGAAUAUUUGAUGUACGGUUUUUUGAAAAUUAUGGGACUGUUCCCCAGUUUGGUCACUAAUGAAUUUGCGAAGGUCGUCGAUUAUAAUAUCGCGGAUCAGGUUGCUCAAAUUAUAGCUUCAGAGGGUUGA